AAGCAAGCGAACGUUAGCAUGGCACCCUAUAGCUAACACUGCGCUGCUGGGAAAUGUAGUCCAUCCCGCGGAAAGGCAGCGUCGUUGGGCUUGCGUCAUCAUUCGGUCAUGUAGCUAGCUAGCAACACAUCGCAGCGGAGAAAGCUCUGGGAUGGCGGGGGAGAGGAGCGAGAAGGACAUAGUUUCAGAGUACCUGGCCCAGAACCCGCAGUUGGCCCAAUGGGUCGACACGUUCAGGGGCUACUGUGAGACCAACAAACACUGGUUUGCACGAAGGGAGUUCAUCCUGAGGAAUAUGGAGGCUUUCCCUACCGUGGAGCCAGGAGCUCCCAGCAACAGUCUGGACAGGCUGCUGUCUCUGUCCAUGGUGUGGGCCAAUCACGUUUUCCUCGGCUGCAGUUAUCCACAGGCUGUCAUGGACAAGAUCAAGGAGAUGGGUGAGGGGAUCGUGGUCGAAGAUGCUCCGGUUCACAGGACGACCAUAGACGGAGUCAUGGCCAAAGGAAAGCGCAGUGCCCCAGCUGAGGCCGAUGCAGACAGCUGUGUGAAAAGAGCCAAAUGUGGGCCUAAUGAGCUUGACAGUCGACCUGCUGGGAGGACGGCGACGAGGCCUGCGGCUCAGAAAUCAGGACCCCCUCCACAGGCCCCAGCAGAGCACCAGCCCUUCUUCAACCGCCUCUACAAGGCGUUGGCUUGGAAGCUGGUGUCGGCGGGGGGCUUCGGCCCCAACUUGGACCAUUUUGAAAUACUUCGUAGCUGUGUGGAGUCAUGUAAGCAGACCCUGGCAUGUGUGUUUGUGCCACUGAAGGACAUUGAGGGCCUCCCUGCGGGUCGCACACAGAAGGAAGGCUACGUGUGUGAGAUUCGCUGUCAGACUGUUUACAUGGGGACAGGAUACGGGCGGGACGAGUCUGCUGCCAAAGCCAUGGCUUCAAAAGAGGCCCUAAAAGUCUUUCAGGGGCGAAAAGUGACAGUAAAGAUCUGCAGACGGAGGUACAAAGGGAAGGACGUGGAGGAUUUGAUGUUGUUGGACGAACAGCCUCGGAGUCAAGCCUUUCCUCCUGCACUCAGCUACCCUUUUCAGGAUGAGCAGCUUGAUGGCUCUUCAUAGAGCAGACGGUCCGGUUUGACCUGCUGUGAUGUCUGUUGGGGACACGGAGCUACUGAAGCAGUUGAGGAGCGUGUCAGGGACCAGACCGCGACGCAGCUGCACAUCAUAACUAGACUUUGGAAUCAUUGAGUAACUUUAUCUAUCACAAAUCAUUUCCUACAAUACUUUGGUAUCGUAAUCCAGGUGACACAUCACCAACAGCAGGAAUAAAUCUUAUACUGUUUUGAUUCCAUUCUCAACCACUUUCAGUUUUAUAGACAGCAGUCAGAGUAACAAAGUGUGUUGAGUUGGAGCAUGUGCCAAACAGCCAUAAGCUGGCAAAAAGCUCAGCUUCCACAAGGCCAAACAGGACAAAAGGCCCCCUUUAGUGUUGUAGGAGAAUGUCUCACAUUAGGCCUCAUCCAGUCUAGAGCUGCAACAGUUAGUCCGUUUAGGUCAAAAGGGAAUUAACUGCCAAUUAUUUUGACCAUCGAAUAAUCUGCUCAGUCAUUUUUCUAGCAAAAUUGUCAAACAUUUGCUGGUUUCAGCUUCCUGUAUGUCAGGAUUUGCUGCUUUUCUUUGCUUUCUUUUGGGCUUUGGGAAAUUGUGAUGAACAUUUUUAUCGAUUGAUUCUGAAAAAAUCGGCAAAUUAAACCAUAAUGAAAGUAACUGUUAGGAGCAGCCGUAACUCAGACCGAAUCAGCUCUGCCUUUUUUGGAUUGGUGGUGCGUUCAGGCGUCGGGGGUUGGUGAAUGACAGCCUGUAAACAGAAUCUGUUUCACCCUGACAUCAAACACAUGAAAACAUGCCAUGGCCAUUACAUCAUAUUGGGGCUAGUGUGAGUGUGCGUCCCCUUUUUGUUCACUGCUGUCGUGUCGGGUUUUAUUCUGGUGAUUUCACUGGUGAAACUGGCUGCCGUCGCACCUCCAGUUUGUCCCGACGGUCAUUAACAGGGAAACAAAAGUCUGCCAGUCAGAGCUGAGUUACUGUAACUUCGUCUGAGCGUGACAGACUCGACUUUAGUGUUCAGACCCGUAGACGACACGACAACGGCUGAACAUGAAGUGUUGUAUGAAUCCAGACUAAUUGUGAUAACAUUAAGUGACUGUUGGAUAUCAGAGAUCAACAUUUGUUUUUCUAAGCAUUUAUACUGUUUAACACAUGCAUUUUAUGUUUUACUGCUGUGGAACAGGUUGGAUUUGCUUUCUCAUUUCUGAUGACUGGACUUCACUGAGGUCAAAUUUGACUGAAGUAAAGUUUCCUAACGUCACAUGAACUGCUCCAGAUGUCGCUGACCAGUCGCUUCAGUUCUCCACAGGACUGGGAAGAGCUCGGCUGUAGUGACUCAGAGAGUUGACCAGAGUUCCCAGUUUUCUCGAGUACUCGGCCACCUACAGUACCUGUUAUACUGUGCGCAGAAAGGCUGCGGCUUUUAUUUGAUUUCAUUAUUUAAUCUCACUGGUGAAAAACCACUGAGACCCACACCAUGUUGAAAACACGGCGGUGUGAGUAAACGUCCUUUGAACACAGUGUGUGUUGUUAUGAUGCGUUUGAGGGUAAAGGGCUGCUGGGUCGAAGUGUGAGUACUCGCACCGGUUCCUGUUGCUGUGUGUGGUUCUGUUUCUCUUGACUUUUUUAAAUAAACAUAAUUUAACCAA